AUGGAAGCCCCGAUACCUUCAUUCAAAUCUCAUUCAAAAAAAUUCCAAAUUUGUGGUCACUCUAAUGGUAUAGUGUGCUUGUCCACCGAUGAUCAUGCGCGGGUUCUUUUGUAUAACCCAUUAACCAGAGAAUUUAGAGACCUUCCUAACGAUGGUGAGUGGUUGGGAGUUUGGUAUUCAUCACCUUCAGAUGUAGCAGUUGGAAUGGGGUAUGAUUCUUCCAUUAAUGAUUUUAAGGUUAUAAGGAUUCGGGAAACUGGUAGAAUGACUUGGGCUGAGCAAUAUACUUUAGGCUUAAAUACAAAUUCAUGGACAGUGAUGCCUAAUAGCAAUUCUGAGCUUUUUGAUUUUGAUAGUGAUAGUUUUGCACUGUGCUUUAAUAGAACUUUCUACUGGUGGGCUUGGUACUUUGAAGGCAGUUCCUUUGUUAUUGUGGCAUUGAAUAUGGAUGAUGAUGGGGUUUUCCAAAUUGUGCCAAAGCCACCACGUGCUUGUAUUGGUGAACCUCAUGAUAGAUCUCUAACUGUGUGGAAUGACUCCAUCUCACUGGUUUGCUAUAAUUAUGAUUUCGAUGUUGACAUAUGGGUGAUGGAUGGGUUUUGUUCUUGGAAGCCCAUGAGAACUAUAAAACAUCUAACGAAAGUACCUAAACCUUUGGUUUUCUGGAAGGGGAAUGAACUUCUUAUGGAGAUGGUGUCUUGGGGAGAAAUCAAGUCCUACAAUGUUGAUACAAAAGAAAUUAAGGAUGUCCUGCAGACAGAUGGAUUAAUCUCAGAUUUUCAAGCUGUAAAUUAUGUGGCAAGUCUAGUUCAACUUAAAGGAGAGUACCUUUGA